UUCUCAAUGGAUAUCAAUCUCCUGCUGUAAGCACACAAAUGUAUAUUAAGGUCUCCCGCAACGAUUUCUCCCUUCUAAAUUCCCCAGUUACUAGCGAAAUCGGGCUUAGAUGUAGCAGAUCUGAUAGUAGCGAUUUCAGGACACCCAAGAAGAGGAGUGUUAUCAAGUAUCCGCUGGGAUUCGCUGCUGCCGUUGGACUGGUAGAAAUUGUUUGCAUCCUGUUGGGGUGGCUGUACAUGUUCCGAGUGCAUAAAACUAGCUUUGAUUUUGACAGUCAAGGGUAUUCCGCUAUCCCCUUGGGAUUCAAGAAGUUUAGCUUUGCAGAGCUGAAAAAAGCUACAAAUAACUUCACGAUAAAGCUCAGAAAGGGAGCUUUCGGAAGCGUCUACAAAGGGGUUUUGGCUGACGAAAAGGUCGUGGCGGUGAAACGACUGGAAGGAGUAUCUCAGAGCGAGGAGCAAUUCUGGGCGGAGGUAAGCAUGAUUGGCAGAGUUCACCACAUGAAUUUGGUUCGCAUGUAUGGCUUCUGUGCAGAGGGGCAUCACAGGUUACUUGUUUAUGAGUUUGUUGAGAAUGGGUCGCUGGACAAGCAUCUAUUCACAGGAAGUGAACCCUUGGGUUGGAAGGAAAGGUUUGCCGUUGCAGUGGGCACGGCAAAAGGAUUGGCUUACCUUCAUGAAGAAUGCUUGGAAUGGAUUCUUCAUUGCGAUGUGAAACCUCAGAAUAUACUUUUAGACGGGAAAUUUAGUCCCAAGUUAUCUGACUUUGGACUAGUAAAGCUGGUGGACAGAGAGAGCGCAUUCUCCUUCUCUAAAGUUCGUGGAACUCGGGGAUAUGUAGCUCCUGAAUGGGUGAUUAACCUUCCCAUCACAGCGAAGGCUGAUGUGUAUAGCUUUGGGAUUGUGCUCUUCGAGAUUGUAAUCGGCCGAGAUACAUCCGAUCAAUCAAGAAAUUUGGUGCAAUGGGUAUCUAAGAAGAUGGAGGAGGGAAAGCUUUUAGAGGAUGUCGUGGAUGCAAAAUUGAAUGGAAUUGUUGACAUGGAAGAGUUGGAAACUGUGGUGAGAACAGCAUUAUUUUGUGUUGAUCAAGACCCGAGUUCGAGACCUUCGAUGAGCCAGAUCGUCGAGAUGCUUUCUGGAUAGACCAGAAAUGGGAAAGCCGUGAAAAAUGGAGUUUGAACAAUUUACAGCGAUAAGGCACUUGUAGCCACUCAAUUUGUGUUGGUACGUGAUGCUGGCACAAACAGUUCGAGAGCACUUUUUUUCCUUUCCU